AUGAACUCCCGCGCUUCGCUCAUCCUUCUCGCUGUGAUGUUUGCGACGUCAGCCAUUACCAUUACGUUGAUGAACGACCUGUGCAGAACACAACUCAAGCUCUUCCUCUACUUGGAUUUGUUUUUUGUUUUCUUACAAGCCUCAUCCGGCGCUGUGGAACAUCUUAAGUGCGUUAAUAACACAUACGGGAUGUUUGGACGUCUCCGCGACUUCUCCGCAACAAAUUCCUCUCUUAUCGAACUAAGCAGGAGCACUAAAUGCAUUCAGCUUCUGAAAGGAACAGAACAACAACAUAGAUCAAAAUUUGAAGCCAAGAGUUUUGCUUGA